AUUUAUGCUGUAGAUCAAGUUCCUGAACAAUUCCAUGAGAUGUUUAUUUUACACGGUUACCGUCAUCCUAAAAGUUCUUUCACCCAGUGUGUGUUGAGUUUAUUCGAUGCAACCAAUGAAACUUUAAAUGCUUGGACUCACUUCUUGCCUGCAUUUUAUUUUAUUUGGGUAUUUUUCGGCUUGUCACAGAGCCUCAACUUCUGGAGUGAUAGUUAUACAUGGCCAUUGUUAGUGUAUAUGUUAGUAUGCUGUGUCUUCCCGUUCAUGAGUGCUAUUGCACAUACAUUUAACACUAUGUCCGAACGUGCUCGACACAUCUGUUUUUUUCUGGACUAUACUGCAUUGAGUCUUCUAAGUCUUGGUGUUGCUAUUGCCUACCGAGCAUAUGCCUUCCCACAAGCCCUCAGGAAUACCAUUUAUGGAGAUUUGUUUGUAACAGGGGCAGUAAUCAAUUCGUUAUUGUGUGUUCUGGUAUCGUGUGAGACGAGAUUUAUGAAGCCAAGUGGUUUAAGAAAAGUAUUGCGCCUGGGAUCAUUUGCAUUACCGUAUGUGUACGACAGCAUUCCUAUAGUAUAUCGUUUACUAUUCUGUUCUAAAACUGAAUGUGCCUUGACAUCACAUCCGCUGUUAGCAAGACAGUUUAUAUUUGCAUUUUUUUCUGCAUUUUUAUAUGCAACUCACCUUCCAGAAAGACUGCGACCAGGUCAAUUUGACAUCAUUGGUCACAGCCAUCAACUAUUCCACAUUUCGUCAAUUCUAGCCACAAUGGACCAAAUACAAGCAAUGCUUGGAGAUAUGCGUGAACGUGCUGAAGAACUGAAAGCCUCAUGGGAGUUCACCUCGCCAAAUAGUAGUUUAAAUAUAUUGGCAGCUGUUUUGAUAUUGAAUACAAUAAUAAUUUUUAUAUUUUCUAUACGAAGGUUGCCAUUAGCAACUAAAUCUGAAGGUCGUUGCUGUUGACAACCUGAUUAUAUUUUAUAAGGAUAUAUAUUUUUUAUAUAUUUAUAGUUUGUUAUAUAUUUAGAACUUUGUCGAUAGAGUAAGGGGGGAAUAACUGCUUUUCUUUUUGUGCAAUCUAUCUUUUAUUGAGAUAGUUAUGUAUGAGAUGUUAUAAUCCUGUCAAAUUAUAUAUUUUAACAACCAUCUUAUCCCUGUCAACCUCCUCUUGAAGAAUAAUUUCCUAAACUGCCUCUAGAAGCAUGUAUUUUCUUUAGCUUAUUUACAACAUCAUACUAUGGGCCAAGACAUUAAAACUGUCUUGUCAAGUCACUACAACUUCAACUUGCUGGCCAGGUUGCAAGAUUUUAUGAUUCAAUUUGUGUGUGUGUGUGUGUGUUUUCUUUAACUUGUGAGCCAAGUCACUUGCGAGAAAAAUCGCUAGCCACUAUGAAAUAUAUACAAGUUUUUAUAAUAGAAUAUACUAACAGGGUAAUAUUAUAUAGAAGUCCCCCAAAAUAUAC